AUGAAUUAUAAUGAAGUCAGUAAUCCAUCUACUUUUUCAUCAUCUCUUGUACCCACAGCUCGUUCGUAUAAAAUGCCAACAUCACCACCAGCAGUAGCAGUUGGUGGUGAUAUGUCAUCCAACGUAUCCAUGCUUAAUAAUAUCAAUGAUGAAAUUGAAUUAUUACAAUUUGGUCUUAGAUUAGGAAUUACAUUGGGUACCGGUACUUAUAGACUAAAUCGAUUAUUAAAUCUUCUACUUUAUAAAUAUUUAGAUGCUAAAGUGAAAUCAGCUUAUAGUGAAUCAUUGCAACAUAAAGUGGCAAUUAAAAUUAUUAACCGUCGUAAAGCUCCAGUUGAUUUUCAACGACAUUUUCUACCACGUGAAUUAGAAAUAUUACAAUGUUUAGAACAUUCGAAUAUAAUUAAAGUUUAUAAUAUUUUCUCCUACAGUUCUAAAUUGUGUAUUGUCAUGGAUUUAGCUAAAACAGAUUUACUAGAUUAUAUUAAAUUGUUUGGUCGUCUAACGGAAGAUAAAGCAAGAAAAAUGUUUGCACAAUUAAUAUCAGCCGUUGAUUAUUUACAUUCUAUUAAUAUUGUACACCGUGAUUUAAAAUGUGAAAAUGUUCUCUUAGACAAAAAUUUUGAUGUUAAAUUAUCUGAUUUUGGUUUUGCUCGAAUUCUGGAAUCGAAUGAAUAUUCAAGUACCUAUUGUGGAUCAGCAGCAUACGCUAGUUGUGAAAUUUUACAAGGUAUUCCGUAUAAAGCGAUUCCUGCUGAUUUAUGGAGUUGUGGUGUCAUAUUAUAUAUAAUGGUUUAUGGAUCGAUGCCAUUCGAUGAUUCCAAUAUGCGAAAAUUAGUUCGUUAUCAAAUUGAGAAAAAAAUACAUUUUAGCCAUUAUAAACCUGUCAGUAAUGAAUGUAAAUAUUUAAUUUUAUUGUUAUUAGAACCGGAUAUCAAAUUACGUGGAACAAUUGCACAAAUAAAAGUAUCAAAUUGGAUGAGAAGUCAAACAUUAACAAUAGUUCCAAAUAGCAAUCAUAACAAAGCUAAUAGAACAAUGAUUAUUGAACAAUCGAGAAAAAAUAUGUCAUCGUAA